CUCUGUUACUUCUCGGUAUGUUGAUAACAAUGUAAUAAGGCACAACAAAUCGAUCAUUACACAGAACUCCAUACAUCGGAUAGCAGAUAGACUGAAGAUCAAGUUAACACACUCUAAUCUAGUGCCCACUAAAUUAUAACCGUACAGUUAGAAAGCUGUAGGAUACGUAAACAUGGGGCUGUUUAUUUUGCUUGUUGCUAUAGCAACCACGCUUUGCGUGUCACGUGGCACGCCGCUUGACGAUUACGUCAAUGCACCGGAUUCUAAUUAUAGAUACACGUAUUUGACCUCCAUCAAGGGACCUAACUACGCUGUGUACAUGUUGAAUAUGACGUCACAAAAAUGGCUUACAGAGCAAGAGACGACAACUCCAAUAUGGUGGCACUACAUGGCAGUUAUCGUUCCUACAGAAGUUGUGUACAGGGAUACAGGGUUCUUGUGGAUAGGUGGCCAUAGUUGGACAGGCGGGAUGCCGACGAUGCAAGAAGAUUUCAUCAAGUCCUACACGGCCUUGGCCGUCAGCACUGGAACUGUGUGCAGCGUCAUCUACCAGGUGCCAUUCCAACCAAUCGUCUUCAAGGCUGACCCCACGGGUCAGAAACGUGUGGAGGACGCCAUCAUUGCCUGGACCUGGAGAAAGUUCUUGGACAACGGAACCAAUCCAGAAAUUCUGCUCCGUCUUCCCAUGACAAAGGCCGUUGUCCGAGGGAUGGACACAGUAUCCACCUUCGCCAGGACAAUCACUGGUCAAGUUAUUUCAAAGUUCGUCAUCGGAGGAGAAUCCAAACGUGGCUGGACGACCUGGACUACGGCUGCUGUAGACAAACGUGUUGUCGGCAUGAUCCCAACGGUCAUGGACCUGCUCAACCUACAGGAGAAUCUCCACCAUCACUUCCGGUCACUCGGCGGAUGGACUUUCGCCUUUGAAGACUACUACAACCUCAGCAUCACAUACGACCUAGACAGCCCCAACAUCCCUCUAAUGCGGGCGGUCAUUGACCCCCUUUCCUACGCCAGCAGGUACACAAUGCCAAAGAUGAUUGUCACUACUUCCGGUGAUGAGUUUUUCCUACCUGACGACUCCUACUACUACUUCGACCAACUACCAGAACCAAAAUUCUUAAGGGUAGUUCCGAACGCUGAGCACUCUAUGACUGGCCACAGAAUGAGUGACGUGCUGGCUAUACAGAGUUUCUACCUGAACAUUCUAGAAAACGCCACCUACCCGACCAUCAAGUGGGUCAAGUCUAGUACGGCCUUGAGCGGUUCAAUCACCGUGACCACGUCGAGACCACCAAGCAAGGUCACGGUCUAUUACGCCCAUACUCUCGAUGACAAAAGGCGUGAUUUCCGGUUGGCUGUGAAAAGUCCAAAUUCUAUGGAUCCAUUGGUCCACCCAGUUCUGUGGCUAAAUAAAUCAGCCAAUCAAAUUAGCUCAACCCAAUAUCAGGCUAGCAUAGACAAGCCUCUAUUUGGAUGGGCUGGGUUCUUCAUCCAGGUCCAGUUUGCUGGGGUCAAGGGUUCCACGCUAGAAUUUACCACAGAGGUCAACAUUGUACCAGACACGUUUCCGUUUCCAGACUGCUCAGGGGCUUCGUGUUAUGGGACCUUAGUGUGAUCUUAUGGGACCUUAGUGUGAUCUUAUGGGACCUUAGUGUGAUCUUAUGGGACCUUAGUGUGAUCUUAUGGGACUUUAGUGGCAUCUUAUGGGACCUUAGUGUGAUCUUAUGGGACCUUAGUGUGAUCUUAUGGGACCUUAGUGUGAUCUUAUGGGACCUUAGUUUGAUCAAAUAUCAUGGGACCUUAAUGUGAUCUUAUGGGACCUUAGUGUGAUCAAAUGUUAUGGGACCUUAGUGUGAUCUUAUGGGACCUUAGUGUGAUCAAAUGUUAUGGGACCUUAGUGUGAUCAAAUGUUAUGGGACCUAAGUGUAACAAAAUUUGCUAUUGUUCAAUAUCUUCUAAUAGUUAAUCACUAAUUUUCCUUCUUGUUGACUUUGUUACUUUUACAAAAUGAAUUCUAAAUAAAAUGUACCAGACCCAUGGUGUUACAAAC